AUGCCCGAUGGACGCAAAGACUACAAAGUUCAAGCGCUACAAGAGGCUGCAAGAAAGGAUGUCAAACAAGCUUUCGGGGUGCUUCAAGGUCAAUGGGCAAUCCUUAAACAAGAUGCCCGCCCGUAUUCGGUGAACAAGAUAAAACGUAUGAUGUAUGCUUGUGUCAUUCUACACAACAUGAUUGUUCAAGACAACGGUAACGCAAUUUCCGACCUUGAGGAGGAUUACUUGUCCGAUCCAACUAAUAUGCGAAGACGUACGUGGGAUGAAAAGGUAGCAACGCAAAUGCGAGUCGUCGGAGAGAUACGUGAUAGAAGGACGCACCAUCGACUUCGCAAUGCCCUAGUGGAGCAUGUUUGGCACAUUCCGGAAAGUUACCGUCAACGUUGA